AAAGCCUUUUGGGGACGGGGGCUGGCGAGGCUCACGCGGGAGGGCUUCGCGUCCGCGGCGGGGACGGUGAGGGGAUUCCCGCAGCUCUUCCAGGCGCCGGCACGGGCUUGCAGUCCGGGGGAUGGAACCCAGCGCCUUCGCACUGAGCCGCAUGCCUAGACGAUCUAAGCAAUGUUUUGAGACAGGAUCUUGGUGCCGGUGACCAUGCGACCCCUGUGGCUGCUCAGAGCCCCCUUCUUCUGCAGCCUGCUCUGGGCCUUCUGUGCUUCGGGUGUCAGCGCCCACGAGCCUGGGGCCCACGCCGUCCAUCCCGGCAGCGCGGGCCUGGAUAAGCACACGGUGCAUGACCCAGAGCAUAUCAUGGAGCAUCUUGAAGGUGUCAUUAACAAACCAGAGGCAACGAUGUCCCCGCAAGAAUUGCAGCUCCACUAUUUCAAGAUGCACGACUACGACGGCAACAACUUGCUCGAUGGCUUGGAGCUCUCCACAGCCAUCACGCACGUGCAUAAAGAGGAAGGGAGUGAGCAGGCACCACUAAUGAGCGAAGAUGAACUGAUUAGCAUAAUUGAUGGUGUUUUGAAAGAUGACGACAAGAACAACGACGGAUACAUCGAUUAUGCUGAGUUUGCAAAAUCGCUGCAGUAGAGGUUAUUUGGCCACCUCGUUAGGUGCGACAGUGCGGUGGAGUGCUUCUGGUAACACAGUAACUCAUUCACAGCUGCUGCUGCAGCACUCUGGUAAAAGUCUGUAGCAGUUUGUUACACUGGGGUGAGAAAGAAAAACCAACAAAAAUAGAAGAGAAAUGGGGUAUCCUGUAGACCCUAAGUGCUGUUAUAUCUCUUAUUGGACAUGGUCUUAAUGAAAUAAUCCUUCUAAGGAUGUUGAAGAAUUGGCGCAGAGAACUCAGGAACCUAACUGUAGAGCUCUGCUCAUUUCUUGAUUUUGAUUCAUGCUAUCUGGAAAGUAGGACAGAAAGCUUUGCCAAGGUGGAUGCGCUUUUCAGUAACAGGGAAGGAAGGGGUGGGGUGAGUGCCAGACGUACCCCCCGUGCCCUGUCUCUUCUGGUGAGCAUGGCCAGGGAUCUGCAGAGCUUUCAUGGUGUAGGUGAUCACCUGUUUGGGGCAGUUUAUUAGUCAAAGCCACAGCGUAAGAUGUCAAAUACUGAGUUUAGCUGAUUACAGUGUAAGAUUCUGCAUCCUCUGGCAUUUUGGAAAUGAUACACCACUGGCCUAAGUCAUUAGCCUUCUUCCGAUUUUCAGUAUUUUAUAUAACUACUGCCACAUCCUCAUACUUUACUUCUUGUCUGUGAUCUUCAACCUGGGAGAGAUUUUGAGUUUAAAAGUGUUCUGUCAUCAGUAGCACAUAUUUUUAGCUUUCUUAAUAUUUGUAUUUGACUCUUGUUUCCAGGGUUCCCUUUUUGUAGUUUAGGACUGAGGCAGGAGGGUCUGAGUUGUUAGCUGCUCUGGCCUGAGUGGGAAGUGAAGAGGUCUUUCACCAAACACAGUGAUGAAGCUGAUCUUUCUUUCUUUCUUGUGCGGUGCUGAGGAUCGAACCCAGGGUCUCGCACACACCAGGCGAGUGCUCUACCACUGCUCUGCACCCCAGCCCUUGAUCCCAGUUCUACUUUGAAGGAAUGUUGUUUAAAUUACCUCUUUUAGCCUGAAUACGUGAAUUCUUUCAGGAAAGAGUAGAAAGGGAAGCCUAAAAUCUCUUUUAACAGUGUGAAUCUCAGUAGUAUUUGAAAUUGAGAAGGUGCAGAUGAGUUUGUUGGAUAUGAUUGACAUGUUAUAAGAAAACCCAAAAUGAUAGUUGAAUGGGGAAAAGAAACUGCGUAAGAUUUGCUGCAAGACGUAUAGAGACUUAUUUUCUUUAUUAAAGUAUUCUUAUAAGAAAACAUAUGUAUUUGUAAAAAUGGUUUCCUGUGUCAAGUUUUGUGCAAUCAGAGCUGACUUGUAAACUAUUCUUAUAAUAGCUCAUUAUUUUGAAAGAUUUAUAUAAUGAAUUCUGGCUGUGUGACCAAUAAAACAAAUGACAUGGCA